UCUUACAAUGGGUCACAUCCGCUACGAAUACAAAAAUCAUCGCAAGAAGGCCUUCAAAUUUACAGAUGCAAUUUGAUGAUAAGUGUGUGUGUGUGGCAACAACGUACCAGAUGUUCAAAGCUGCAUGCCGGCUCGGAAGGCUGCUUUUUGCAGAGCUAAAUCCUUGUUCAAGCUGUGUUUGUUGACUCUCAUUCUGACAAGGGCUCGCUGUCGGAGAGGGAACAGUGACCGUUUGCUCGCCUGCCUGCGUUCUCUGCCUGUUAGCUCCACAUUUCUGCAGAUCUACACCAGCCAUAGUCAGUCAAGCUCAAGCAUGCGCAGUUUGGGCAAAGAGACGGAAAUCGAUGAGAAAAGACUGUGGGAUGCACAUCGCCGAUUUCAACUUGAGGAAGAUAUUCGCCGUGACUUUGGACCUGCUGCUGGUGGAGAAAAUGCUUCCGGCAGUCUUUCAACUCAAAGAGAAAGAGCGACGAGAUUGGCUGAGCACAUCAUCAGUGACCAGAAAAUUCCCGCAGAAAGCUUCUUUUUCCAAGGCUCGUCUUCCCGAAGCACUUUCUUGACAGUUUCUCACUCUCAACUUUCCGACUUUGAUGUCGUGUUGUUAUGUGAUCGCCAGUGGCUGCUUCAGAAACAAGCGGAUUCCUUCAGGGACCUAGCCCAAGUGCUGCAAGAGCAUGUUGUGUCCAACGUUUGUCGCAAGGACUUGCACUACACAGGCCUCAACCUUGACAUACCUGAACACAAGUUCACCUUUGUAGAAGGCAGAUGUGGAGUAGAGCUAAGAGUCUCAGUUGAUCACCCGUGGUGCGAAGCUGAAGCCACUGAUUUCGUACUUGCAUACCGUGAUGAGUCGCCUGGAAGUAUUGUGGUCUUUGACCACUGGCGAAAGACCUGGCGCAGGAACAACCCAGUUCGCCUUGCUGCAAGUGUCAAGGAGGUGGAGGAGCAACAGCCCUACUAUGGCAUGGUGGUGCGGAUGAUCAAGGAGUGGAACCAGCAUUGCCCUCGUAUUCGGAAGGUUCGAACAGGCUCAGUCGUCGGCCAAGUGACGGUGCUGGACGAUGAAUUGCCGCCAGAAUUCGGGGGCCCGGGGGAACUAAUCGUCUUGCCCGGGUUUGAGGAUAUCAAUCAAGCCUCUGAGUUGGUCCAUCCGCCAUCAAAGUUCAAGCCCCCCAUGACAGGGCUUCAUAUCGAAAUGGCCUUGUGUUUGCAGCACGAUGGGUUUAAGGACACUUUCUGGGCAAAGCACCUGAAUUCCAAAAAGAACCUCAAGACUCGGACAGAAGAAAUGCUGGCGAAGGAGCCAGAAACGCCCUGUGCUAUUGAUCUGCUGGUUGGUGCCGUGGGGCACCUGAUGACAACUCUCUCAGUGCCGAUUUGGACACCAGGUGACGAAGCGUUUGCAAACGAAGCCAUUCUGAAAGAUGCAGAGCUUCGUCAACAGACCGAGGAAUUGCUUCGUGAUUUGUUACUUGAACUGCAGAAAGUUCAAAGAGAGCCGAACAUACCAGAUGCCACUGGUUUCUUGCGGUCCAGGCUCUUGCGACAUCAUGGACAAUGGGAUAAUUAUCAUUGAUUACCACAAUCUUUCGCUGGACAAAUUCAAGCCUAGCGUGGGCCCAUGGAACAGCCGUGGAGCUUCAGAUUUGGGAGGUUGAAGAUGCAUCUACCAUCAGCUACCUACCCUCGAUGAAAUUACCUGUUAAAAGAUGUUA